AUUACCAGUUCCUGGGUGUCAUGCGGGGAAUGUUUCCCAAGACCCCAUUUCUAGGACUGACUGCCACAGGCACAGGAAAGGUCAUUGACGAUGUCCAUCAAGUUUUGAACGUUUCCUCAACCGCAGUCGUGUUCAGAGAUUCGUUUAAUCGUCCAAAUCUGAUUUACGAGGUUGUGAGGAAGCCUUCUGCACAAAAGGACUGUGUAGCCAUGAUUAAAGAUUUAUUGCAGAAGGAUUUCAAGGAUGAAUCGGGAAUCAUAUACACUUUUUCCAUCAAAGAUGCCGAAGAGAUAGCAGAAAGCUUGAACCAGUCGAAUCUCAAGGUUGGUGUUUAUCACGCGAAUUUAGACCCGAAAAUCCGGAGUUCAGUCCACUCUGCGUGGGUCAACAACAAAAUCCGGGUGAUCGUCGCCACCAUCGCCUUUGGGAUGGGCAUAGACAAACCGGACGUUCGUUUCGUCAUUCAUCAUUCCUUGUCGAAAUCCAUCGAGAAUUACUAUCAGGAAAGCGGUCGAGCCGGAAGAGAUGGAAAGCGUGCGAGGUGCAUUUUGAUGCACCGAUUCGGGGAUGAUUUCCGUGUUGCCUCGAUGGUGUGCGGGGAACGAACCGGGAUCACGAAUCUCAAAAAUAUCAUGGCUUACGCUGUUGAAUUGUCCAGAUGUAGAAGACAGAUACUCGCCCAGUACUUCGAAGCUGAAUGGAAUUCCACUGACUGUGACAAAGCCUGUGAUAAUUGCUUAGCUCCUACGAAAGCCAAAGAAGUUGACGUCACUGCCUUGCUUUUGAAAUUGUACCAAAUCUUUGACGAGACUGCGGCCAAGGACCAAAAACUUACGGAUGAACGAAUCGUCUCAAUGCGGUCAUGUAUAAUUUCGGAUUCUCACUUUCUUUUGGAUGAACAUGCAGGUCUGAAACUCGUGGAAGCGUUAGGAAAAGCGAAAUCGUUGAGUCCCGAAUAUUGUGAGCGAGUGAUCACGAGUCUGCUUUUGGAAGGCUACCUGAAGAUGGACUUUCAUUACACCCCGUAUAACGUUGUGGUCUACGUGUUACCA